AGCGAGCGCCGAGCGCCUUCCAGAUCUCCUCCUCCUCCUCCUCCUCCUCCUGGGAUUUUCCUCCUUCUCCCCUCCCCUCGCUGCCUGCCUCCCUCCCUCCCUCCUCUCUUUCUUUCCUCCUUUUCACCUCCUGGAACAAAAGUGGCCCUUUCGGCUGCGCCAGCGCUGCCUGCGAGCGGGGCCGCUUUGUCUCGCCGGGGUCACCGGCACCGCCACCGGGCCGCCACCGCCGCCGCCACCAUGGGGACACCGCGGGCGGCCGCCGGCCGGGCGCUGCCGCCGCUGCUGCUGGCGCUGGCAGUGGCACUGCCGGGACUGGGCUUGGCGAGCUGCCCCGAGCGGGAGCUGGAGCGCAGGGAGGAGGAGGCCAACGUGGUGCUCACGGGCACGGUGGAGGAGAUCAUGAACGUGGACCCGGUGCACCACACCUACUCGUGCAAGGUGCGGGUGUGGCGCUACCUGAAGGGCAAGGACAUCGUCACCCACGAGAUCCUGCUGGACGGGGGCAACAAGGUGGUGAUCGGGGGCUUCGGGGACCCGCUCAUCUGUGACAACCAGGUGGCCACGGGGGACACGCGCAUCUUCUUCGUCAACCCCGCGCCGCAGGCGCUGUGGCCGGCGCACCGCAACGAGCUCAUGCUCAACUCCAGCCUGAUGCGCAUCACGCUGCGCAACCUGGAGGAGGUGGAGCACUGCGUGGAAGGUGAGGGCGGUCUGGGGGGUGGGUGGUUCAUCUCCAGCCUGAUGCGCAUCACGCUGCGCAACCUGGAGGAGGUGGAGCACUGCGUGGAAGGGGUGGUUGGUUCUACUCCAGCCUGA